AUGUCGCGGAAGUUCAUCGUUGGUGGCAAUUGGAAAUGCAAUCCGAAGACCUACAAGGAAUGCAAUGAGUUGUUGAAGGCAUGGAAGAAGGCCUUGCCGAAUGUGGACAGAUCCAAGGUGGAGGUGGUGAUUUGCCCGCCGGCGUUGUGGCUCACGUCCUUCACUGAAUCCUUUGAGGGACUUGGCUUUGGCGUUUGUGCCCAGAACUGUGGCAAGACCGAUGCAGGUGCCUUCACUGGAGAAUGGACGGCAGCCAACCUGGUGGAUCUUGGCCUGAAGUGGACCUUGCUAGGGCAUUCGGAGCGUCGUAGCUUGUACGGGGAGACGGACGAGGACGUGGCCGAGAAGGUGGGCAAGUGCCAAGAGGCCGGACUUGGCGUGAUCCUCUGCAUCGGUGAGAAGCUGGAGGAACGUGAAGGUGGAAAGACGGAUGAGGUGAACAAGCGACAGUUGGGCGCCUGCCUUCCCAAGAUCAAGGAUUGGGACAAGAUCGUGAUUGCUUAUGAGCCUGUUUGGGCCAUUGGCACUGGCAAAGUGGCGACUCCCGAACAGGCCGAGGAGACUCAGAAGGCGAUUCGCGCCUACCUCUCCCAGGCUGUGAGUUCCGCAGUGGCUGAGAAGGUCCGCAUCCAGUACGGAGGCAGUGUGAAUCCUGAGAAUUGUGCAGAGCUGAUCAAACAGCCCAACAUCGAUGGCUUUUUGGUGGGAGGUGCUUCCCUGAAGCCAUCGUUCAUGGACAUCAUCUCAGCUGUGGGACCAUCCAAGAUGGUAGAAGUUUGGCCAGCAUACGCAAGCAAGAUGGAGAAGGAGGGCUGCAACCAAGCAGCCAUUGAUGCCUUCAAGUACAACUUCGGUGUCCUCUCGUCUGGAGCUGAUGUGAUGCUGCCAGAAUCCAAGCUAGACCCUGUGGAGUCCUUGCCCACCUACGAGAAGCUGAAGGUGAAACCCGAUGCCAGGCUUCUGAAAAAGACUUUAAUCCUGAAGUUGAAUGGCGGUUUGGGCACUGGAAUGGGACUGGACAAGGCCAAAUCGCUACUGGAGGUCACGGGUGGCAACACAUUCCUGGACCUCAUCGCAAAACAGGUGGCUAACAUGAAGAAGGAGUUCAAGACGGAUCUGAAGUUCAUGCUCAUGAACUCCUUUGCCACCUCUGCAGAUACGCUGGAAGCCUUGAAGAAGUACACCGAUCUGGGCACUGGGUCAGACUUGGAGUUUGUGCAGAACAAGGCGCCCAAGGUCACGGAAAGUGACCUGUCACCAGCGACCUGGGAGAAGGAUUCGUCGCACGAGUGGUGUCCUCCAGGCCAUGGUGACUUGUACCCAGCCAUGCUGGGCAGUGGCACGCUGGACAAGCUACUGAAGAAGGGCUACAGGUAUAUGUUUGUGUCCAACUCCGACAACCUGGGAGCCACCAUGGACUUAAAGAUCUUGGCCCACUUCGUACAAUCUGAGGCUCCCUUCAUGAUGGAAGUUGCUGAACGCACCGACGCCGACAAGAAGGGCGGUCACCUUGCACAGAGCAAGGUUCGGCAGCUGAUUCCGUCGCUGAUUCCGUGGUGA